CAAAAAACCUAAUUCCUCAUUUCUCUUCAUCAAUCCACCAUUGUAACCCUUCGUCAGCUUCGAGUUCAAAGGAAGAAGAACAACCUCGAGAGUAGAGAAUGGCUACAGCUACGUAUCCGCCGCCGCCUCCAUAUUACAGACUCUACAAGGAGGAGAACUAUGAUUCUGCUCCUGAACCUCCUCCUCCGAUUGAAGGCACCUACGUUUCAUUUGGAGGCAACUAUACUACUGAGGAUGUUCUUCCGAGCUUAGAAGAACAAGGAGUGCCUCAACUUUAUCCCAAAGAUACAAAUGUUGUUGAUUACAAGAAGGAGCUCCGGUCUCUGAAUAGAGAGCUACAGUUACAUAUAUUAGAGCUUGCUGAUGUUCUUGUUGAGAGACCAUCUCAAUAUGCAAAGAGGAUUGGUGAUAUAUCUUCAAUCUUCAAGAAUUUGCAUCACCUUCUCAAUUCCUUGAGGCCUCACCAAGCAAGAGCAACGCUUAUUCACAUAAUGGAACUUCAAAUUCAACAGCGUAAACAAGCUGUAGAAGACAUUAAGAGGAGGAGAGAAGAAGCACAACGACUAUUAAAGGAUGCUUUUGUCACUUUAGAUGGACAAUAGAGGUUUUUAACCCAUUUUGGGUUUAAAUUAAGCUCGGUUCAUAAGUUUGCUUCCUGGUUACAAGCUUCAAAGUUCAAACCCUAAACGAAGAAGAUAUGGUAUCACAAA